UGCGGUUGGGAAUAAUCGCUAGAGAUGGAGAGAGGGCUCUCCGGCCCUGUCUUACUCUUCCAGAGGUCUCAAGGGAGGCGCUUCUGCUCUUCAAGAGAGAUACUCAACUGAGGGGCCUCUGCUCCUUACGAGAGGGAGAGGGGGAGAGAGAGAGAGGAGAGAUACUCUGGAGAGAGAAAGAGAAAUGGGUGAGGAAUGCAUGCUGGAGAAACAACUCGUGGAGGAAAGCAUUAGGCAGAGCGGCCUGCCCUGCCAUGCCCUUAGGGAUUUGCUUUCCAUUGGGGUGUGUCCUAGAUGCAUCUUUCGAUUAUUUGGGGUACAUGGAGAUGUGUAUUCAUGCUUAUCCCUUUCAUCUUCAUUGCUAUGGUCUGUUCUUGACUUGAGUAAUGGCCAUGAAGAAGCAACUGAUUGUAAAGUUCACGAAGGCUCAUCUUCCCCACAAGACUUAAAAGUGGGACCAGAGUUCUGUGUUGUUUGUUGGGGAAUUUUGCAACUGUCAUAUGAUGAGCAAGCCCAGCAAACUUUUGAUCUUGUAGCUUCAACAGCACAAUUAGUGAAAGGAGAGGGCUUUGAGAUUGAUAGCUUUUCUCUUGAAGUUUCAGUACCCCCCAUCAUUUUGGGUAAUGAGCGUUCAGUCUGGCUAUACAUGAAGAAGAGGUAUGGUUCAGAAAGUCGGUUCCAAGAUAAAUUCUUUUCUGGAAGUAUAUCUGUCAAGGAUGCCUUGAGAUUUUCGAUAACAAAAUCGCUUGAAGAAAUGUUGGCUGUUAAAGUGGCUGUGAGGUCCUUCCAUAUCCGUUUCACAUACACACAUAGCGAUGCAUCUUCAAAGAUUAGUCUUGUUCAAGGAUCAAGAACUGAUGGUCAUAAGAAACAGAAGCGAGGUGACAAAGAACUUUUGGAGGGUAUUGAUGCUUCAGAUCUGGAAAUCAAUAAAGAGUCUUUUGGAUUAGAUAUUGCGGAACAAGAUCGCAUAUUUCAGGUCCCUCCUGCUAAGGUUAAUCAACCAUGCAAAGUGACCACUCUUUGCUACAGAACGCCUGUGUACGUUGGUGGGAGAUACCUGAAGUAUUCUAGAAAUGUGAGCCAAACACGUUGGAUAAUCGAUGAGGAGAGAAUGGGGGAGACAUCUGUUGAAGAGAUCAUCGGGAACCUAACCCUUUCCAUUUUAAAAGCUGACAGUUACAAGUUUCAUGCUGCUGGUAGGGAAGAUAUUGAUGUUCGGAUGUUGGGUUCAGGCCGUCCUUUCCUGGUGGAAAUUGCAAAUGCACGAUCUCUGUCCUCACAUACUGAGUUUGCCGAACUACAAGAGAAAAUAAAUAACUUGGAACCCAGAAUUGUUAGAGUAAAAAAUCUCAAGGAGGUUGGUGUUGAUGCCUGGACUAUUUUGCAACAAGGAGAGGCAGAGAAACAGAAGCAAUAUGCUGCCCUAGUAUGGAUUUCACGCUCACUUGAGGAUGAGGAUUUGAAGUGCAUGUCCUCAAUAAAAGAGAUGGAUAUCAUUCAAAGAACCCCAAUUAGGGUGCUUCAUCGCCGAAGCCCAUUAGAAAGGAAGCGAAUGAUACAUUGGAUGAGGGCUGAGAGAAUCCAUGGAAGUAAGCAGUUUUUCAUUUUGCAUCUCUGUACACAGGCUGGAACAUACAUCAAGGAAUUUGUACAUGGAGAUCUUGGGCGAACUCAUCCCAACUUGGGUUCCAUCUUGGGAUGCAGAGCUGAGAUACUACAACUUGAUGUUACUGAUGUGAAAAUGGAUUGCUUUAACUCUUGAUAUAUCCCUGUAUUGCUCCAGCUUGCCUUUCUUUUAUGACAACUUCUUGAAAAAUCACCUGAUGGUGAAAGGACUAUGCCAAUGUGGUCCAGUUUUGAUUGCCUCCUAAGUCUACAUUGAGGAUAUGCAAGCUAUGUUGUGAGGAUCUGCCCGUUUUUAUUUGGACAAGGCUUGUACCACUUCAACCAGUUGCCGAGGGCUAUUUAUAGCUUUACUGUGCUUAAUGUCUUACUUGAGGAACCAUAGCAAUUAAUGGAAGUAAUGCUUGAUUAUGAUAUUGUACUAGCUAGCCUAUUGGGUAUCCAAGAUGGCUUAAAUGCUUCGAUAUAAUUCAGAGAUCUAUAUUCAGAGCUGUCUUUUUUCUUCUUCUUUUUUGUCUUAGUUUAGAACACUAGACAACAAAUGGUGUUACUUUCCCAUUGAAAAGGGUUAUAUCCCAAAUUAUUAUUAAAUAUAAGCAACAGGGUGAUGGAUCAAGUA